AUGAAGGCCAAAUUCCAAACUCUAUUGCUUAGAAUUAACACAAAGAAAUCUAACAAUUAUCAUGACGAAGUCGACUGUUCAUCGACAUGUACCAUCACACCUACGCUGGCGCAUUACAUACCUCCCCCAGACAUAGAAACGGUCGCCGAGCCUCUUGAAGAACCUCGACCAUCGCCUCCUCCGUCUAGGCUGACUUUCCUCGCGAUCUGGGAUCCCGAGUCUCAGCAUUACACGCUCCCUUUCAUUCCUCAAGAACCAUUAGGAUGGCACGAAGACGAAGGUUUCUUCGAUACAUGUAACCUAAUAGGCCAUCCAGAAUGUCAGCCGCAGUUGCAUUCCCGUUUCUCCACUUCCACCACCUCAACGUCAAAUUACAUCGAGGUGUCGGAGCCUCAGACGCCACAGGCAUUUAUGAAUGUGAACGGCGACCAGCCAAUCGCGCAACCGACUCCGCGACACCCCGAGAUAUCCCGGCCUUUCCUCCUCCUUCCAUCUCCUCCACGGGAAGAUCAUUCAAGCGCCUCCGAAUCCCUCGUGUCUACCCUCACUCGUAGAUCGAACUCAUCGCGCACCAAUCUCUCCCCGCGUUCACACUUCUCAGGAUACAGCCGAAAGGCUUCUUCCGCAUCAUCUCCACCUUCAUGUCCAUCCUCUCCGUCUCUUUCACCCCUGGGAUUUCUCAAGCGGAAGGCGACUCAGUCUCGGGAGGCUGAGGAUGCUUGGGUGAAUAUAGAUGUCGAGUGCGUCAUUCGCGAACGUGUUGUUCACAUAUGA